AUGGUUUGUGGUCUUUCCACAAGACCACAAGACAAGGCAACAGCGGUAGUGGGGCACAACCCUCCCUCUUCCUCUUUCAAAAAAACUCUUGAGCAUUUAUUUACUCAGAGAUCUCAAUUCAAUGAAUUGGCAGGUGAAACCCAUGCCAUAAAUGAACAUCACCACCACCACCACUCUCUUUUAUUGUCCGCAUCCACCACCACCACCACCCUCCACCACAAUUAUCCACCUCACGUGCAAUUACCAUCCUAUACAGACCUGCACUUUAAAAAGCCAACCCGCCCAUUUAAUCAGCCCCUUCCUCUCCCUCUCUAA